UCAAAUCUACCUAUCAGUUCAUUUCCCUACGUCUGUACGCACAGCAUCGUGGCGUGUUUCUCCCAGAGCGGCAUUUGAUUUAAUUUAAUAUUCAAUUCAAAAUCGUUCUUGAUUUACAAUUCCUCAAACACAAACGGUGGUAUUCAGAAUGUUCUUGAAAGUAAAUCAGGCCAUCGCCCAAGGAGUUCGCCGGUAUUCGACGAAAAGACACGAUGUGGUCAUUGUGGCAGCAACACGAACUCCCAUUGGAAGUUUCCAGAGCUCCCUAUCGUCUCUUACGGCUACCCAGCUGGGAGCUGUUGCCGUGCAAGCUGUUGUGAAGCAGGCAGGCAUUGCUGGUAGUGAUGUUCAAGAGGUGUACAUCGGUAAUGUGAACGCUGCUGGUUUGGGCCAGGCCCCAGCAAGACAGGCGGUCAUUUUUGCCGGACUUCCGAAGAGCACUAUCUGUACUACUGUGAACAAGGUGUGUUCUUCUGGAAUGAAGAGCGUUAUGCUUGGUGCCCAGACCUUGAUGCUAGGACACCAGGAAGUUGUGCUCGCCGGAGGAAUGGAAUCAAUGUCAAAUGUGCCUUAUUACCUGAAGCGCGGUGCCACGCCAUACGGCGGUGUACAGCUUCAGGAUGGUAUUGUCUUCGAUGGCCUGACCGAUGUGUACAACAAGUUUCACAUGGGAAACUGUGCUGAGAAUACGGCCAAGAAAAUGGGUAUCACUCGUCAGGAUCAAGAUGAAUUCGCUGUUAAUAGCUACAAACGCAGCGCUGCAGCUUGGGCUGAUAAGGCUUUUGACGCUGAGAUUACUCCAGUGACUAUCCCUGGAAAGCGUGGUAAGCCGGAUAUUGUCGUAAAGGAAGACGAAGAAUAUAAGCGAGUUAACUUCGAUAAAUUCGGCCAGCUUGCGACCGUGUUUCAGCGAGAAAAUGGUACCGUAACCGCGGGAAAUGCUUCAACCCUUAAUGAUGGUGCAUCGGCUUUGAUUUUGAUGACCGCAGAAGCCGCUGAAAAGUUUAAGUGCAAACCUCUUGCACGCGUGGUUGGAUUCGCCGAUGCAGAGACUGACCCAAUUGAUUUCCCGAUUGCUCCAGCUCUUGCCAUACCUAAACUACUUGAGCAGACUGGAGUUCGUAAGGAAGAUGUGUCCAUGUGGGAAAUCAACGAGGCCUUUUCGGUGGUCGUUGUUGCCAAUCAGCGAAAAUUGGAUAUCGAUCCGGCAAAGAUCAACGUACAUGGAGGUGCCGUUUCCCUCGGUCAUCCAAUUGGAAUGUCUGGUGCUCGCUUGGUGACCCACUUGACAUAUUCAUUGAAGGCUGGUCAAUACGGAUGCGCUUCCAUUUGCAACGGCGGAGGUGGCGCCUCUUCUAUCCUGAUCGAAAAACUGUAAGACAUUGAUUUUUUCUCUAACUAUCACAAGUGCUUCCAAAACUCCUGUAAGACAGACGAUCAGGGAUUAUGAGAUAUGAAAAUGUGCAUUUAUUAGAUUUUUAUAAACUAUUUCGUGUUAUAGAGAAUUUAUAAAAAUAAAUUUCAAUCUGUAUAAUUGUCA